CAGUUAAUGAUGAGUGACGUUUGUAUCUUCGGUGGAAUCCGAGUUAGGAUAGUAUGUCCUGAAUUGACAAGGUCCCCAACAACCUACGCUUGUCCGUUGUACUAGGCGACGAUCAAUUUGAUCGGGUGGUCAGGGUCUAUGCAGGCCUAAUCGCACCCUGAAGUUCUAGAUCUUUGUUGACAUUAUCCAUCACCAGUGACGCAACUAGGCUAAUUUGAAGUAUGUGACACGCUACUUCACCAUGGUUACCUGGAAGGUGGCUGUAGUGUCCCUGUGUGGAGUUGGCUUCCUGAAGGAGCUACACUUCCUUGGAAUGUUCCGAGACUCCUACCUGACUUCAGCAACGUUCAAUCUCACCCAGGACCAGCUGGAGUUUGAGGCCUAUCCUGUGUAUGCCUACUCCUUCCCCUGUGUGCUGGUCCUUGUGCUGCUCAUCACAGACCUGGUGUUCUACAAGCCUACAAUAUCACUCGGCAUCUUGGCCCUCAUAGCCUACACAGCUCUCCUCACAUGGGGCCGCAGCCUACUGGUCAUACAACUAUCCAUAUUCACAGCAGCCUUCAGUUCGACAACCGAUAUUGCUUACUUCGGCUAUGCUUUUGCUGUAGCCGAGCCUGAAAAGUUCCACAAGGUUGCAGGAUUCUCUCGAAUAGCUUUGCUUCUGGGAAGACUGCUUGCGUAUGCUAUAGGACAGGUGUUGGUGCAGGUGUUCUACACAGACUACUUCGUGUUGAAUUGUCUAACACUUGGAUUCAUGUGUUCAGCGUUUGUGUUUUCUGUGUUUCUCCCAUCAGCCUCCCUGUCAACUUUCCAGCAGGUAAUCGAACGAGAACUACAGAGUCCCAGUCAUGGCAUGUAUCAGACUCAAAAUCUGGCGCCAGGGGGUAGCCAUGGCAACUGUUCAAUUCAAAAUGGUCACUUGCAAGGGGAGACAACUCAUGCAAAAAGGGCAGGUAACUCUGCCCCAAAAACUUAUGACCUCCCCGGGAGCAGUCUGGACUCGUCUGCACUCCCCUGCACGGCAGGACCAACAUUCUAUGACAUAGACACAAGCUCUCUGGGGUUUUCCUACAGUGAUAUGAUGUCCGAGUGUUCGGACAUGUCCAGUCUGGACAGGACUAGAAUCGAGGAGUCCCAACAGCUGGAGGAAAAGGAGAAUUUAAAGGAGAAGUUUAUGUUAAGUGUGAAUUCGUUUAGAGAAACCUAUACGGACGUUUCUGUGAUACUGUGGUCUGUGUUUUGGAUACUUGCAACAAUUGUAGACUUUCACGUGGGAGCAUCAGUUCACCUUCUGGCAGAGGAGCACCAAGUACGGAACUCUACAGAUGCGACUGUGGAAUCGGUGUAUCUCCUCAUUGCAAUAUUAUGUGUCCUGAUGACAAGCUUCCUGACAGUAAAUUGGUCCAAUUUUGAAACUUUCUUCCUGGGAGGCACAUCGCUGGUUCAGAGCCUGCUGGUGGCGCUGAUGGCCGUCCUUGACAACAUCUGGAUGAGGCACUCGCUGUACAUCGCCUUCAGGGUCCUCUACCAGAUGACCAUCACGAUAGCUAUGUAUCGAGUGGCUUCUUUUGUCACUGGUAAACGGUUUGCGUUUGUGUUUGGCAUCAACAUGAUGGUGUCUGGCGUCAUCAUACUCAUCUUCACCUGUGCAGCAGCCAUCAACAGAGAUACCACCUUCACGGCCUUAUCCCAGUUUGCCAUUUACUCAGGCGUCAUAGGAUUCUUUGGUCUGGGGAUGAUCUGCAGGUCGAUCUACGGAGUCAUUCUACACAGAAGAUGUGGCAGCUCGAACCAGACUAGAGACGACCUUGAUACUUUAGUGACAGACUGACCUUUACCUUGAUACUUUCAUGAGAGACUGACCUUGACCUUGAUACUUUCAUGAGACUGACCUUGACC